AUGGGUUGCUGCGAAAGUUCUUCAGAUGGUGACAUGUCAAUUUUUUUCAAUACAAAUAAUUCAUGGAUUCUUACACCUGAUAAAACAAAGGUAUUUAGACAAACUCUCAAUCAAAUACCUGUCCCCUGUCGUCAGGCCAUCAUUAAUUUACCUGUACGAGACUUUUUCAAUGCUUAUGAAAAACAUCUAUUAGCCAAUUAUCAUGCUAAGGAGAGACAUUUUGGUCGUGCACUUGCUUUGGAAAAGUUCGCAAUAAGAGAUUUCUUAGUUCUCUUACCUGAACACCAAGAUCAUUUCAUCUUCGCUGAUAUAUAUCGAACAUUAUCUAAAUGCUUGCUAGAAAUGGGUUUAAUUCUACCGGCGAUCGAAACAAGUCAAAAGACAUUAGAUAUAUUACUCAAACAUAUACCAUCGAAUAAUGAAGCAAUUAGUACGCAAUAUUUUAAUUUAGCUAUUUGCUAUUUAAAUAGUGGCAUAUACAAUGAAAGUUGGCAAUACUUGAGCAAAACUAUUGUCAUAGCACGACACAGCAACGUGCCAAAUCUUGAAAAUCUUGAUAUUCUAGAAACUACACUUUAUCUUUUAACACAACUUAUUAUGGCUAGAGUUCUAAAUUCUACAGCAACAUCCAAUCGUAAUGACAAUGAACAAGAAGCAUCACAUGCAAUAAUCACUGAACCCAAUCAAGCUGAGUGUGAACAUUCACUUGACCAACAAACGGAACUGUCCGACAAUGAUACAAUUACAAAUCAUGUCUUGCAACAUGACGAGGAGUGA